CCGGAAAUUAUUGUAUUGAUUUCACAAUUUUACAACAUAAUUUGUGGCCAAAAGACUACAAAGAUUUGUUUCUGUGGCACUGCGGUCGCAUUAUAAUAUAAAUAUAUAUAUAUAUAUAUAUAUAUAUUUUACAAAGUUCUAUAAUAAAGUAAUUUUAUCUGUUCACUUCACAAAGCUUCAAUAAUUUUUAUUCGUGUUAAUCUUGGUAAAUCGAAUUUUGAGGACAUUUUAACCGAACAAAGCUACAAGGUAAAUAUUUUACACGUCGUAUGCCAUCUGCCAAAUAUUAAAUAUCGUUCUUAAUAUUUAUUAAUUGGCAGAGUGAGAUGAACAUAUUACAGUAUCUGUUGAAACAUUUUGGGGUGAUAAUUAUAGAUCAAUUGAAGCCAUUGGUGUUUUAUAUAAAAUAAAUCUUUUAUAUUCAAUAAAAUGUGAUGAUAAAUGAAUGAAUGCAUCUAUCAUGAUUAUCAAGUAUGUUAAUAGCCUGGUUUAUAUACUAGAGUCUAGAGAAAUUAAGAUAAUCCAUCUGGAUGAAUUUGAGGAAAGAAUUGUAAUACAUGGUGAAGGCUAACAGACAGCAGUGUCAAAUAAAUAUAAACCUUCCUGCAUAUGUACAUUUCAGAGAACGUAUGGUGCGCCCCAUAUUGUGAUAAACUUGUGAUAUUCUUUUGGAAUUUUUGUAAUAAAUAAAUUAUUUGGCAUUCUAGUGUAUCAGAUCACAAAAAUUUCCUGCAAGAUGUAAGAAAAUUUCUGCGAAGAUAUUUUCAUUGUUAAAAAUUUGUCUGACAGUUGUUGCUGCUGGUGCUGCCAGAUAUUUCCCAGCACUGACAGGCAGGCUCAUAAUAUUUUUGCCUUGGCGAACUCAAAAGGUUCAAGCUAUAGCACUGAGGGUGAACCAUUAGGGAUGUGCCGGAUCCGGAUACCGGUAUCCGAUAUCCAGUAAAAUUUAGACAUCCGGCACUACCCGGUAUCCGGUAUAAAUUUGCCGGAUAUUUACCGGAUAGUACUGCAAGAUAUUUUCUUACAACCAUGAAAUGGAAAAGUUUACUUGGCAUUUACAAAUUGUGAAACACAAAUAAUUACUGAGCAUGCGCUGCAUUACGACGAAGUUACAACAUAUUUUUUUUGUGAUGGUGAUAUAAACUGCUCGUUCGCCAACAGCAGUGAAUUUUAUAUACUGAAUACCAGUAAACAAUAUAAGGUGAAUCAUAAGAUAUGACCUUGGUAAAGACAAAUAGGUCAAAGAGACAAAAAAUGUGUAUUCACACAUUGCCACAUUGGAUUUGGACUAGUUAAUUAAGCUAUAAAAAUGUUGUGUUUCUAAUAAAUUAUUGUAUGGGAGUAUCUGUUAUUAUCCGGUAUCCGGUUAUUAUCCGGUAUCCGGUCAUCAUUUUCUCCUGACCGGUAUCCGGUAGACUACUAUCCGGUAGACUACUAUCCGGUAGACUACUAUCCGGUAGACUACUAUCCGGUAGACUACUAUCCGGUAGACUACUAUCCGGUAGACUACUAUCCGGUAGACUACUAUCCGGUAUCCGGCAAAACAGUAUCCGGCACAUCCCUAUGAACCAUCCCAGUUUUAUUGGGUGUGUCCCUCUACAAAUCUAGCUGUGGUUUAGGGAAGCCUUGCAUAUCAAUUUUGUCCAUGAGAAACGUCAUAUGAACGUUUCUCUGGAGCCCCCCCUCCCCCUUAGAAAUGUCACACAUAGUUCUUGAUAUUUUGUUCUUAAGUACACAUAAGGUAAUUUUCUACUAUUUUCUAUGGUCGGCUAUUGGCACGAUCCUUCCACGAUCGGAAUAUAUCAUCUUAGAGCUGCUUAGAACAUAUGUUUUUAUUAAUAUAUAUGAACUUCAAAAUUUCCAAUGUUUCUUCAAAUUUCUUUUUUUGCAUGAAAUAUUGAAAUUUGAGGUAUAGAACAGGUAUGGUAUUACGAAUGUAUACACUGGUGUUUGUAUCAAGUUGUUUUCUUUUUUAUAUUCUGCAAAGAUGAUUCCGAAAUGUUAAGGCUUUCGAAAAAACUAUCGAAUUUUUCCAUGAUGUUUUACAGAGAACCCAAACGAACAUAUGACAUUUCUCGUGGACAAAAUCGAUAUGUGAGACUUCCCUUAUCAUAAACAGGUGUGGUGCGCACAAGAGAGACACAACUACCUGAGAAAUAUAAACAGAAAUUCAUUGUUUUGAGCAAAGGCCCUCAGCUAUUAAGUUCUUGACAAAGAGCCAUCUCUCGAAAUGUUGAAGUUCUGUUUAUAUUUCUCCGGUAGUUGUAUGUGUACUUGAAUCUCUCACACACUGAAGCUGUCUGUUAUCAGUGCUACCUACACUUUAUAUGCAGUACUGUUUAAGUAAUUACAUAAGUACAUAAGAUACACACUUCAUUUGGUUUUGUAUCAAAAUAUGCGGUUUGAGUGAAUUAUACUCUUCCAGCAUGAUGUUUAUUUGAAAACGCAUCUGAAAUUCUAGAUGUACACUAUUUGUUUGCGUUUUAUCAUUUCAUUUAGAUAUUGUUACAUCUAUAAUAAAUAUCAUCCAUGAGCUUAAUCUCAAUAUCUGAGCAGGAAUAUGACAGUGGAUUUAUUGUAAUAGUUCUGCACUUUAUGAGGACUAUUAGUGGUGUUGUACAAUUAAUGUGUACAAUUAAUUCAGUCUGCACAAUACACUGUAUAUUCUAACUGUUUCUCAAAUGUUACAUAAUAUCCUUGAUUGCAACUAGUUACUAGUACACAGAACCAUUGUCAGGCUGCAUAUUUAGAUGUCGGUAAAAGAUUCCUCAAAGUUAAUCAUUGAGCUGGUCUGCCAAAUCGUUUAAAGAAAAAAACGACCAUAGAUUGCAGUUCACCGAUAACCGAUUGUUCUAUCAAUUGACUAAUUUAACAUCUGGUUGACUGAGAAGUGGACCCUGUGGAGGGCUAUACACCUGGCUUUAGCAGAAUAAUUGCUGCUGUCUUUUGGAAAUUUGCUAUUUUGCCUUUGCUAUUUUGCCGCAGCAAUUGUUUCUGAUGAGGAACAUACAGUGAAAUCACUGUUAAUUUCUUCAAUUCAAUUGGCAAUUACUCCGGGCACCAUGUCUGGGGGGACACUGGAACCACUGAAACAAAAGUACCGAAUGAAACAACCUUAACAGCCAGAAAAAUCAAAACGAUACUAGAAGAUCUAUUUUCAUGAUCAUCUGUUUUAAAUGAAAUAAUUGCAUUAUCUCAUGUUAAAAACGUUUUGCAAAGUAGUGAGGCGAAGCUAGGUGAGAAAAGUUCAUAUUUACGGUCAAAAUACCUGACAGGCAACGUUCAUAUGAUGUUCAAAAAAUGUUAGCAGUAUAUGUAAAAAAUAUAAUUAAUAGGAUGCAUUUGUUGUGUUUCUGAGUUUAGUUGAUGCGAUUGCUUUACGUUUUCGUCGUACUUGAACGGUCGUCAGUACUGGCACUGAACGACAUGGCCAUAGGCCAUAGGAUCAUAUCUAAUAAACAAAUUUACUCACCUGAUGGCUAAUUGAACCUUCCCACUUCCCUUUUCGUAGUCUGUUGUUAUGUACUACAUCGAGAUUUUGGGCAUCGCGCUCGAUAUAUAUAGAAUUAACUUAACAGUUGAAAGGUUUAAUUUGUAGAUGGAAAUUUACGAGUGGAAAGUUACUGUGUUGUUAUGUACUUUAUUUUCUUCUGUGUUACAAUUACUAUUUUCUUUGUUUUUAUACAGUAUGAUAAUUUUCAAUAAUUUUAAAAAUGGGCGAACUUUCCCUUAGAGAUCCACAUAUUAACACAUAAAAGUUUAGAAAUUUAACAUUUACUGCCGUAUUUCUCCAUAAUUUGGUGAAAACUUUAUACAAUUUAAUUUAGGCAAGGAGAGUUAAUAUUUGAUUGGGCGAUUUGUUUUAUAAGGUUUACAAUUUAUAUGUGGUCGUAUAUACUGUAGUACUUAUAAAUUAUUUACACUAUUUAUUAUUUAUAAAGUUUAUAAAAUAUAAUUUUCUCCUCCUUUUCUAUUCAAUUCUUCCGUAAUUACUUAAUUCAAAACAAAUGAAAAUGCAUCUUUCCUUUGAUUGUUUCGGUUGUUUUCAGUCGUUUCGGUUGUUCCGGUGGCUUUGUUCCGUUCCAGAUUUUAGUACAUGCCUAAUUUAAUAUAGAACCUGAUCAGAUAAUUUCAUUGGAUAUGUCUUAACUUGUUUCAGGUAAAAUGGCUGGAUAUAUAUUGAGCGUUGGCAACCAACAAGCCACUGGUAAUUUGCAAAAUGGUAAUAAUAACAUUAUGUUGAUUUUGUACGUAGCUGCUGUAAAUACGUACAUACAUGUAUGCAGGCGUCACAACAAAAGGCACUUUGAUUCGAAUUUUGACUUCUGAAAGUUGCAAACGUGUAUUAAGUUACGUGUAUUAACAUGUGUUUCAUGCAUGCAAGUGGCUACAGUAUGAAUUUGCUUCUGGAUACAGUGUCUCUUCUGGAAUCAGUAGAGUGGAUCGAUAUCGCAAAUACCGAAUACCGAUAUACCGCCAUCAGAAUACCGGUAAAUACCGGUAUUCCGGUAUUUUUAACGUGUUUUUUUUAAGCCAAACUGAACUGCUGAACGUCGAGAAAAAUCAAGUUUUGACAAAAUAUGAAUGUGGCACAUACUGUUAUUACCUUCUUAUACUGUAGUUACCUUCUUAUACUGCCCGAUAAAUAUUUCCAAAAUGUGAGUAUUUUCCAUCUGUGAGUAUUAACUUUGCUUUCUAAACGUGAUUGUAAGCAAGUUUGACUUGAAAUAGCGUUUCAAUUCGGUAUUAGGCAGCAAAAUACUGAAAUGUCGGUAUAUCGGUAUUUUUAAAUUGUCACUAUCGCCAUACCGGUAUCUAAAUAAAUACCGGUAUACCGGAUAUAUCCGGUAUAUCGAUCCACUCUAGAAUCAAGUUAUAAUCAUGAUGAAAUGAACCCAAUUCCUUCAGCAGACCCUGCAAACAAUACCAACGUAAGACAGUAUGAGCUUGCUACGUUUUUCUCAUUCAUUGUGUGGCAUGACUUUUUUAAAUUUAGACUAUGCUAAAUUACCAAGAUCAAGUGGAGAUGGAAUGGAAUCUCAAAGUUUGUCUAAUGAUAAAAGUUAGUGCAGUAAUAUCAUGUUUGAUAUCAUAUUCGAUUAUUGCCUCAUUCUAUAAUGAGGCAGGAAUUUAUUGCAAAUCCACAAUUCUUGCAAUUAUCCAACAUCGAUAACGAUAAUAUUGAAGUUGAACUUAAAAGCUGUCCUGUUAUUCGGUCUUUUGGAAUUUUCUCGAAUUCAGGUUUCUUGCAAAUUUUUGGUACCGUACUUAGUCGGGCAGAUAGAAGGAAAAAACUUACGUUAUCGUGGGACAAGUCCAUUUUGCCUUCAUAUUGUGCCCUGAAGGCUAGUUAGUAGGUUUCCGUAUGUUGGCCGUGUUGAAAUUUCUUGUGGGCUCCUGCCGACACGUUUUUCUUCGAAUGUUGUAUUAAACUCUAUUACAGUUAAAAAAUGUGAAAUUUCAAGUACAUUUCUAACACAAAUGACUUACAUCAUUUGCAUGGAAGCUUGCAAAAAACUACAUAUAAGACAUUUAAACGGUUACCCGGAUUUUUCAAGUUCUUCUUGAGUUAUGAGCUGUUGAAUGCGUAUUUUCAGACUAGUACCCAGGAAUUUUGCGAGAUUUUGGCUUAUUUUUCACAUUUGAAACGGCAAUAACUCGAAAACCGCUUGAAAAUCCCAACUAACCAUUCAAAUGUUUCAUAUGUAGUUUUUUGUUAGCUUUCUAUUGAUGCAAGUCAUUUGUAUUAGAAAUGUAUCAGAAAUUUCACAUUUUUUAACUGUAAUAGAGUUUAACACAAAAUUCGAAGAAAAACGUGUCGGCAGGAGCCCACAAGAAAUUUUAACGCGGCCAACAUACAGAAACAUACUUAUUAGCAUUCAGGGCACAAUAUGAAGGCAAAAUGGAAUUGCCUGACUAUAAGAAUUGUGUUUAUUUACAUAUAAAAGUAACGCUAUAACUAACAAAUUUAUAUGAACAGUGCUUUGGUUGUGAGAGAGAUCUCGUGCAGAGCAGUCAUUUUAGCCAAUCAGAGUCCUCGUCAGCUUAUGCAACUUUUAUGCAAAUUAUUAUCUUCGAACAAGUGUCAAAAAAUUUAAGUGUCGUCAUUUUUAUGCAACGUCAUUUUACUAAGGCCAAAACGCGCGAAAUUAGAACAGUGCAAAAAUAUAACAUUUAGGUACACACUAGAGUACUAUACCAAUACUUGGUGUAUAAGGGCUAUAUCAUGGAAAGCCAAAUUCAUUAAUUUUUUAGCGAUUCCCAGCAAGCCUUUCGCGCUCGUAGUCGACUUUUCCGCUUUGCUCGGGGACAACCUUAAUUGAAAUAGCUGUAUGUUCCCUAAAGUGGAACUGACACCUGGAUUUAAUAAAAGAUUGCAAAAAAAAUAUAUAAAUACGACCAAGAAAGUUAAUAAUUCGUUCGCAAAGUAUAAAAAAACAACAAUUCGCAGCGAGCUUUUGUGCGCUUAGAGCACAGUAUCCCAAAUUCUAAAAAGUCCAAAACAUCCCCCUCCCGAAUACGAAGUGUUCACUCUAACCAGUCCUUUCGUGAAUCUAGUUCGUUUACACUGCAAUGUCCUGGGCGUCCUUUAAUCAGCACAUGCACUCAAGUGGGCACAGUUAAUACACCGGGCGUUCGUAAACAUUCUUGCAUACUUUGACUUUUACCAAGCAAACUAAACCGUCUUUCCCAGGAUGAACCUCGGUAAUUCAGUGCUGCGUUUGCUGUUUUUCGCCAUCUGGGAAGACCUUUUUCUGCGUCCUUUGUAAUCACCAGAUCUCGGCUGGUGCUAUCUCGUCAGGGGAAUGUGUCUUGCUAUUAACUCUUCGUUCUUUCGAUAACCUGCAGAGGUGUGUCUUUGUUGCUCUCUUCUCCUCCCACAGCUCGGGUUUGUCUAAAACCUUUGGCAUAUCAACUUUCAGGAAUUCCGGACCUUCCAGAAUUUUCUUUCGACUAGGUUCUUGGUAGAGAGACCUCUGGUGGGUAGAUCUGCAAGAUUAAGUUUCCAGGAACAUGACGCCAUUGCUCCGGGCCAGUCGUUCUUUGGAUUUCCCCACUCGGUUAGCCACAAAUGACUUAAAUUGCAGGUUUCGUUGCGAACCCAAAACAGUAUACGUUAGUCGAGUCCGUGACUUGUGCAAUGUUUUUAGCCACACGAGUAGAGAGAACUGCUCCCAUCAGCUCCAGACGAGGGAUGGUUGUUGCUUUGAUUGGAGCCACACGACUUUUAGCUACGAUAAAGCAAGAGGUAGGUACUGUAGAUCUGAAGGAUAAUGGCAUACCAGGUAGACGGCGGUUGCGUAGGCGUUCUCGGAAGCAUCACAAAUACGUGCAGGUAAAUUUCUUUAGGAUUUGGUUGGUGUAAGCUGCGAGAGAUUGUAAACUGCGACAGUUCUGGAAGCUCUGCGUUUCACUGCUUCCACUUAGUUUGAAGUUGACUCAGUAAUACGUCGUCCCAACCAAUGCCUGCGUCCAUUUUUCUUGUAUGAGGAUUUUCGCUCGUUCUAUAAAUCGUGCGAGGAACUGGAAGGGAUCGAACAAUGUGGCGAUGGCACUGAGUUGGUCUCAGGUAUUUCGACUCGAAAUGUAAACAUCUUCUUUUGCUUUCCAUAGUACGCUAAAGUCUUUUGCGCAAGUCUGCAGGAGGAUUUUCAUCUUCAAUUUGUAGACUUGCCAAUCUAUCUUCGAACGGAAUGUCCUUAAAUACGGAUGGCUCAUUGGAGGGUCAUUUUCUCAUAUUAAAGCCCCCUUUGCGUAAGACGUCCAACAGUUCACGUUGUAGUACUUGAGCUUCCUGGAUGGUUUCACAGGAAUCGAGCACAUCUCAGCUGAGAGAGCGACAGGGGCGCGACGGAAUCGUAUCAACACAUCAAGUAAUUCUCGCUCUAACUUCGGACCUGGUAAAAUGGCACCGUUGAGACUCUUUCCCUUGUGUGUAGCAGCAGCGUCGAACACUAUGCGGACUUUGGUGGUUUGAGUUAUCUUCUCUGAUGACGGGGAAAUGUGACAGAAACCACUGGUUUUCCGCUUUAAUAGUCACUGUUCUUAUGUAACCCUAAUCCUGUGUUCGUCGAUGAUUCUCUCACAGGCUUUCUUGACCCCCGGUCCUUUCUUCAGUAGCGACUUUUCCAGUAUCUCGAGCCUGGAUAAAGCCAUAUCGUAAUUGUCGCUGAACUUCGGUUCACUACAAACUUCGGUUGGCUAUAAUACUCCAACAGUGCUAAAACUGUCCACGAAGAGUUGUUAUAUUGGAUAUUUGAAGUCGCAUUUCUCCGCCAUACUUUCCCUCUAUUUUCUCUUUCGUAGGCGUUUAUUAUGUAUCCCAAGUCCUUGAUCAUUCUUAACGCCUUUCCAGUCAAGCUGUUCUGAAGGCGGAGCAUUUUUCCUUUGGUAGAGAUGGCUGCUUCAUCAAUAACCGACAUCAAUGCAGCUUUCCAUGGUGCAUAGUCUGCCUUGUUUUCUCCUGAAAAUGUAGGCAGUUCCACUCCUUUUAAUCUUAUGGGCACAAGUCGUUGCUGAAAAUGUUCCACUGCAGAUGGAUACUGCUUGACAGACAUUGCAGGCAGUUCAUGAGAAAACUGCUUUCGAUUUAGGUUGCCCUUCGACUCCAGAUUAAUUUUAGGUUCAGUAUUUGGAAAGAUUGUUGCUUCCUUUUCAGCUGCUGUCGCUUUGGGCUUCAUUGACCACCACUUGUCGUUCUUCUUCCGUUCUUCGUUUUGUCAGGUGAAAUGCAGCGACUCGCCUUUGUAAUUCUUCUUCCUCUUGUGGCUGUUGCUGUUCCUGUUCUAAAACUAAAAGUACGCUUCCGCUUCUCUUCGUUUCUUUGAAGCUAAUGAAGAUGAGACAGAUGUCACCGAAUUUCGAUCAUCAUCGUCCUUUGAUGUAAGUGAAGCUGUAGCCGAUUUUGCUUCACCCAUUGCUAUAGUCGUUGCUGUACAUGUUCUUCCGCAGCUUUUACCGCACUGUCCACCAUAGUGGUUAACUCGGUAAUUUUUUUGUCAAGAGCUUCAAUGGCGCAUCAAUGUCAACGUUUUCAUCACCAUCUUCAAGCGCAACAAUUUUCUUUAGGCUAUAAAUGAGCUUCACAAUUAUUUCUUACUCCUUUCUACUUUGAGAGCAGCUUUUCUGAUUUCGGUUUUGGUCGCUGGGCCUUUACUGCCAAAACUGUUGCUAUCAACAAGGUCUGCGAUUUGUUUUAUCUUGCUUUAGUAAGACCAGUCUGCUGAUUGUUUGCGACUACGCAACAUUCUAACCUUUUUGCUCGUACUUGUUAUUUCAUCGUCGUUUCAUCUUUACUAUAGGCCCCUGUUGAAUAGGGGACUCUGGUUGAGCCUCAGCUAAGUUUUCGGUUGAAUAUCUUGACUUUUCAUGCUCAUAUUUGUCUUGUUCGACUCCGAAUAUCGAACUGGAAGUCACGAAAUCUUGUUUAUUUUUCCUUCAGAUCCGGCUCGAAGGACCAAAUUGUUCCCUAAAGUGGAACUGACACACUAGAUUGAAUAAAAGAUUUUCGCAAAAUAUAAAAAAAACUCCCAACGAGCUUUUGCGAGCUUAGGGCACAGUGUACUAUUCAAUUUCAGAAUUCAGCUUCUGUAUCUGUAUCUGCAUCUGUAGGGUAGAAUAUGAAAGAAUGUACAAAUGCUGCAUAUUUCAGUUACUACACCAACACGGUCAUUUCUAAACAGUACUGUACCUGGUUCGAGUGAAUCACUAAUUAAAAUUAAACUUUUACGAUAUCCUAUUCUUUUCGUUCACCUGUCUGUUCCAUGUAAGUUUGCCAUCAAUCCACACCAUCUCGUUCAUUGUCAGUUUGUUCCAUGUUGAGUUGUUUGGUUUGUAGGUGGUUGCAAUUGGUACGAGCUUCCUUGUGAUCCGUAAUUAAUACUCCUUUCUACUUACUUACUUUCUUUCUACUUCCUUCCUUGUGAUCCUUUCAUGGUGGUGACGCUAAUAAAUGGUGGCGAAAGUUUGGCAAGACUCGAAAGAAAAUGUUAGAAAAAUGUUCGUUUUUCCACAGCAAAGUUUCGUACUUGUGUCUCAGUUUAAUUUUUAAUGUUUAAUUUAUAUUUCUCAGUUAAUAACAAUGUUUAAUUUCUACUUUCUAAAUGUCAUUUACAGCUAGUGCAGGGCUAACGUACAAUGAAGUCGCCGGAACUCUCCAUGAAACUGCAUCGGUUAAACCGCAAACUUCAUCAUCUAGUAAUGAACCUUAUAUACCGACCUUUACGACGGAUUCUGGCCAACUUGAUGCACUUGUGUCUGGUAAAAUAUUAACUCCUGUGCAGGAAGUGAAAAAUACCACUGUGCCAAUAGACAGGCUAAAUCUAUCUCAGUCCAGGUUUGUUGGAAAAACUCCAGAACAGGAUACCAGUUUAAGAAAUGGUAAUAUUUAUUUGAGCCAUGUUGGUCUUGGUAGCGAUCUUGCUAGUGGCACUUCACUGUCAGUAGAAAGAAAGGCUGAGUGCUUGGACCUGCAGUCACUUGUUAAAGACUUAGAAACUCGAAACCAAAAACUCUCAGAGGAAAAUGAAAAGCUGUUAAACAAACUGUCUGUGCAAAGCAAGGUAUGCAUAAUAUUCUUUAAUUAAUUUCAUUCCUUUGACUAUGUCUGUGAUUAUGUUCAGUAUAGUCUUACAGUAACUACUCGAAAAUGCUGCGAACGUCUCCUUGCAGGCUACUAAAAUGCACUAUGUAUAUUAUCGUCAUGAUAGUCACAUAUUUAACAGAUAAUUAUAUUAAGCACGAAAAGGAAUAUUGAUCGAGUCUGAUGAUUGUGGCAUGUAUCGAAGCUGAAAGCUAACGCUUGAACUUGUAAGCUGUACAGUAUAUGAAAAAUAUUUGAGUAGGAAUUUAUAAGAAAUACCCUGAGAGCAGAUCUCGUGCGUGAAAGAGUUUUGGUGAAGGUUCUGAGAGCAGAUCUCGUGCGUGAAAGAGUUUUGGUGAAGGUGUGAGCUCGAUUAGGGUGGAUCACUGUUUGAAUGACUUGUUUAUGUUUAUUACAGGUAAAUUCUGACCUUAAAAAGUUGCUGGUAGCAUCUGUUGGCGAGGACAUUGGAGUGAGGUAUCGAUUUCUUUUGUUAACGAAGUGUUUCCCAUUUUGUGUGAACUGUAUACUGUAGUUCUGUAUGUUGUAUAGAAACAAUCAUGAAUAACUGGAUAAUGAUUAGUAGUGACUGUAGCUUCCUUCUUGAGCGUUGUCGCAUUUCACUCAUCGUGAUCUGCGAAUAUUAUCAUGUUCGUGUUAUCUGCUGAAAGCUAAUAAUUGUUUCAUUAUAUACCUAUUUGUGAAAGACAUUCGCACAGUCGGUUUUCUUCGAAACAAUGCCGUUGUACUGCUGUUAUUUAGUUUUUUCUGUUAUUUCUUAAAUUUUGCUUUGAAUCCUUAAGUCUGCAAACAGCAGAAGGCAAUGCCAUUCGUUGUUGUUUGUGUUUCCAAUAGCAUUAUUUAUGAUUACUGUAAUGGAGUUGCGGCUUCCUUAGAAUGGUUUUGUAGAUGGAAAUUUCGAGUGUGAAUUUUAUACAUUUAUUCGACCUAACCAGGAGGAGUUGCGAAAAAUGCAAACUAUAGGCCUUCUGGUAGAGCCGCAGGUUCGAUUCCUGCUAGAAAGCCUAUACUGUAGUUGAUUAUUCGCAACUGCCCUGGUUAGGUUUAAUAAUGUGUAAAAUUCACACUCGAAAUUUCCAUCUACAAAACCCUUCCACAAUUAUAGUUAUAUCGAGUUAUAGAUGUCCAAAAUCCUGGUAUUUGCGUCAUCGUACGAUAUUGGCAUCACAACCCCAUAUCUAGUCAGCCAUUGAGCUGAUAUGAAGAUUUCACCGUUGGUUGUUAACAAUCACAAAUCACGAAUUCUUUAUAAAUAAUUAUAGUAUAUAGCAUAACGGUUUUCCUUUGGUAAAAUACCAAAUGUUUUAAAGUUAUAUCAUUACAGAAAAGCGGUAUACAGGAUAACGCAAACCAAUCGGCUGUAGAUAUACUUAGUUAUUUUUGUCCUCUUAGGCUUGAGGAAAUGACCGCUGAUAAAGCUCAGUUUGAUACAACACUGAAAAAUUUGGAGAGAGAUCUGGAACAGACGUCUGAAGAGCUUAGCAAAGUUUCUAUCGAGUGCGAUGUGUGGAGAAGUAAAUUUCUGGCAAGCAGGUUUGUGUAAUCAUAUCUAGUCAGCUCUUGGUUGAACUAAGGCGUAGCUUUGUGGCAGAGGACGAAGUGGCAGAGGACGGUGUUCAAGAUGCUAGCUCAAAGCGUUUAUCUGUAUCAAGUAUAUAUUUAAUAUAUUUAUCAAUAUUCAUUGUGACAAAAUAUUGUCGGAAGCUUGACGAGUAUAGUAUUGCAGGGUGCGAUAAUUCAAUAUUUUUAGCCGUACCUAACUGGUACUCCGACAACUUUUGCCGCAUACCUGGUCUGGUACAAAUUUAAGAGUCAAGACGUACCUAAGACUACUUCCGAGUCACGCGUUUUUACACCUAUACGUAUGGUUUUACUGGUCCAAAAGCAAAAAAUGUAUGGGCAAUUUUGUACAAAUGAAUCUUUAAUUAUGGUGUUUGUACAACAUAAUAUAACAGUUUUCAAAGCGUCGACGUUGUGACUCGAAUGCCAUCGCUCAUUUACAGUGGAUUUACCGAGGGUGCUAACAGUCAGACCUCAGCUACAUACAGUGUAGUUUUCCUCAUUGGGCCUAAAAGAAACCUGUGCAUGGUUCCAGUUUCAUAUCACGAAAAAAUUAGGGUAGGUAGGUCGUUUAUAAAAAAAAUUUUUGAAUAUUUUUUUCAUGGUUUUGGCGGUUUUUUGCUGGGCGAUUUUCAGUAGAGUCCCGACAUCAAUAUUAACUAGAGAUGCGUAGUUCCUACGGACGAAUUUAGGCAAUUUGGUUCAAUAAUUAUUGUGACAACAGACGCCAUUUCGGCACGCUGUACGAGCAGCCCUCAACCACCCGGAGAAAAUAGGGUAGCACGGUCAAUCAUGUUGAAAAAAAAAAUAAUAGGGUGGGCAGAAAAAAAUAGGGUCGGUCGGGAAACUGGAACCACAGGUAUUUUAUUUUUAGGCCUUGGUAUUAUAGCAUUGAAUUGACAAUUAAGCCCAGGUCACACCACACAACGAUAACUUGUAAACACGCGAUAAUACAACGAAAACGGUAAAACUAGCGUUUGACGAUAACGAUUUUAAAAUCGCUCACCCGAGCGAUUUUUUUUUCAGUCGGACGAUGACGAUACAUUUUUCAAUUAAGCUAACCUAAACUAAAGAUAACCUUUUGGCUUUUUUCAUCCCAAAAUAUGUCGGAUGCGUGGAAUUUACAUAUACAGCUAAAGUUCUUCACGGUUUUGAAUACUUUGGCAGGUUUGCUAGUUACUACUAGAAGGAAAACGUAAGUACGCGAAUAGCAAAUUUCAGCGUACCUACGUGGUACUUGCCUAAAAACAAAGAAGUACCAGAUCACAAAUUUUGCGUACCUCCGGUACGUUGGUACGCGAAUUAUCGCACCCUGAGUAUUGACACGCUUUCUUUCUUUCUCGGAACCGAGAUUUAUCGCUGCAGUAUACUUACAGUAUUUUAGAGACAAAAAUGAGAAGAAGCUAAUCUACUUAGAUGGUUAACGUCAUGAUUGUAUUUUUAAUGUUUUUUUUAUGACAAUACAGAAUGAUGACCAAUGGACUUACAGAUAUCAAGACAACGCUUUUCCUAAAAAAUCGCAACUGUCAAGCAGCACUGCAGAAAUUGUUAGAAGAACAGUCUGAUAUUAGACAACAUCUACGAGCUACCAAUAGGUAUAGUAUAGUAGCACAUAUAGUCUAUUACAUAUCUCAAAUGUUGACCAUGGAAAGGCGCAUGCGCCUAUAUCCAGAAUAAAGCGUGUGCGCAUAUAUCUGGGGGUAACUGGGGGUGGCCUAUACGCGGGGUAGUAGGCGUAAUCAAUGUAAAACAACCACCCGUCAAGCUAUCUUCAUACAAAAUUGACACGGCUGCUUGAUGCAGCGAAAAGUGAUGGAUUUUAUAAAAAUUACACUGAAUUUCAUAUUUUGAAAGAAUGUUAUCUGAAUUUUCGCUGUCGUUAUGGAACCAAAGCGAAAAAGAAUUCGCAAUAUACGUCUUCUUGGCUAAUGCUUAUGACGCGUUUGUUGAUACCAACUGUGUUCAAUAAAACAUAUUUUGUUUAAUUUGCAGACUCCUACAAGGCAUUCACAAAAGAUCUAACUCUACAGCUUACCAGUCUAUGAAGAAAAAUCCAUGGCAAGACUUUCCAAAGAGCUCGAUUGUAGAAUUAUCCCACAUCAACUAUAAUUUGGCUGAAGACAUUUGUCACGCAGUUAACCCUAUUCACUUUUAUUCCACGGUCGACAAAAUUAGUUCAGCAGAUGAAGAAAUUAUCCCAGUAUCGGAUCUUACUCCUGCCGAACAAAUGGCGUGUCAAGUAUUAAAGAAUGAUACCGACGAUGCAGACGAGAUGGAACUUACUAUGAAUAAGUUAGGUAGACAAUAUAUAGGAAAUAGCUACGCAAGCAGAUUUCUUACCAAUAACUUCAGAAUAACAUUCGACUGUUGUGAACGUUGUACUGGCGCACUUAAAGUUGUUUAAUUAAACAUACAUGUGUUUAACUGGGGUGUAGCGGGCUGGAAAAUGAAACCGUGAAAGAACUUAUACCGUGAUCUUUACACGCGCUGAUACAAUCACGUGCAAAAUGACUUGAGACAACUUAGGGCUCUUCUCCAGAAUAUUUCUCAACAUCCUGUUACACCCCCUCCCCCAAGCCAAUGUUGGUAAGGUUAUAAAAUCCAAUUAUAAACCUAUAUCAUGCACGCAAACAAUAUUACACUGCAGAGGAGACGAUUUCACGUUUACAGUAAUUUUUGUGACUAUUUACUUCCCUUGGUAAAAAUUUCCAGCAAAAUACCUGAUACUGUAUGUCUCAACCUUAAUGCACACGACUGCGAGACUUAAUUAAUAGACAAGUAUACUUUCUUGGGCCUGUUUUAUACGUCGAAUUUUGGUCGCGUCGAAUGCAAUUACAUAAGACAAUAGAUAAUGAGAUGAUAAACCUCAUUAAGCCUUCAUCUAUAUUGUUUGAAUUGCAUUCGACGCGACCGAAAUUCAACGUAUAAAACAGGCCUUGUACUGGUGAAAAACCUUAGUGGGUUGAGCGCCUCACAAAGGCAACCAGGCUAUUUCUACCUCAAGAAUGUAUACGAAUGCGUUCAAAUCAGUAACUUUAAUUUGACAGAUGCGGACGAUAUUUACAGAGAUAUUUAUUUAAAGCUAUUAUAGCUAAUAUAAUUAGCUAUGUCAGAUUAGUAUUUAGCCAGAUAUGAAGUAUGAAUUUAACAGUACAGUAGAAGAGUACGUUACAAUAAGCAGCAUUUUCGUAGACUUUUACUGUAAAUUGAUUAAAAUGAUAUUUACUUUAUUCUGUGAUUAUGCUAGUUUGUCCUUUAACUCUUAAUUCAAUAACCACCAUGAAAACAGCAAAGAGUAGACUUCAGAAAGUGAUGGACUGCAUCAAAUGCACCUUGCUCUCUAUUAUAUCUUUCAACCACUUUGCGUUGAAUCUACUUUGUCCUGGCCUGGGGUUAAAAAACACCAAUAAUAUUUUUAAUAAAGCAUGAAUAAUAAAACAGGGGCGGUAGGUUGUAACCUUAACUAUCAACAUUAUUACAAGCGUACAAACUGUACGUUGGGUGGGAAAGGUUAGUGCUGUUAUUCA